AUGGCGCCCGCGCCGCCGACCACCACGUGGCCGCUCCACCGCUGCACGUUCCUCCAGCCACUGGUUCUUGUGCUGGCGAUUGUCCGGCCGGUCUCUUCUCAGCUGUUCACGCCGCCGCCAGGCGACACGUUCUCAAGGGCGUUCUCGCCGCCUGCCGACGGUGGUGGUGGCGGCGGCAAUAUUAGCAUUACCACUUUUCUCCUCUUCGUCGGUCUCAUCAUCGCGCUCUUCCUGCUGGGCUUCUUCUCGGCCUACCUCCGCCGCUGCGCCGACGCCGCCACAGGCGCGCACCGCGGAGGGGCCGCCCUGAACGCCAACGAUGCCGCGUUCGUGUCGGCUGCGAACGGCGGCAUGAGGCGCGCGGGGCUCGACGCCGCGGCGAUGGAGGCGCUGCCGGUGCUCACUUACGCGACGGCGAGGGAGGUCAAGACCGGCUGCGGGGCGCUCGAGUGCGCGGUCUGCCUCGCCGAGUUCGACGACGGCGGCGAGAAGCUCCGCCUCCUCCCCGGCUGCUACCACGUGUUCCACGCCGCGUGCAUCGACAUGUGGCUGGCCGCGCAUGUGACCUGCCCCGUCUGCCGCGCCGACCUCUCCGAUCCGGCCGUUGCGGAUGCCGGCCACGUCCUGGCCGCUGACCUCGCUGCCCAGGCAGAAACGCCAAACCACGCGGUGGUCAACGUCGACACAUCGGAGGCAACGCCAGGACAAGACUGCACGUCGUCGGACCAGCACUCAGAGACGGCCGAGGAGCGGGUGGACCGGUACACGCUGCGGCUGCCGGAGAGGCUGAAAAGGGAGAUCGUGGAGGCGAAGCGGCACCGCAGGGCGGUGAGCGCGGUGACCUUGGCUGCGAGCGCGUCGAAUGGGAGUUGGACAUCUGAGGCGCUACGGACAAUGUCGGCCGCGCGCCCGAGCCGGCGGUGGUCAGGGCUCUUCCGGACGCUGUCUGGGUCGCGAAAGAGCGAGCCGGAGGGUCAUCGGAGGGUGGUGCCAUUGCAUACCCGCGCCACCGGGGCGAGCGACGGCGAUGGGGAGGUGGAGAUUGUGGUUGUGCAGGACGACCUGGGGAGACACAUGGAGAAGUACUACUCGCACAACCUCACGUUCGCGGGGUUCAUCAUGGACGGCGACGUCGCGGCCAGCGACUGGAACCCGGAGGUCUUCCAGGUCUCGACAGCCGUUCCGGCCGCCACGCCGGCGUAACAGCGGUGAAG